AUGGACGAACGACUGUUCUCUGAAAAUCUCUGUUACUUCUUCUGGGACCUAAUUCAUAGCCAACAGGGUGGUGUCCAAGACAUAGAAAGCAUCUUUCAGCCACCACCGCCACUCACCCACCAUGUAGUGUUUGUGGGGUACAUUCUUAUCUGUGCAAUAGGUUUGAUUGGAAAUGCUCUGGUUAUCUAUGUUACUGGGUUUGUCAUGAAGAGCCAUAAGUGCAAAAUCUGGUUUCUGAACUUGGCCGUAGCUGAUCUCAUAUAUCUCCUGUGCAUGCCCCUUACAAUCGCUGCUGAAUUUACAGGGAACUGGAUCUUUGGGUUGGCUCUUUGUAAAACGCAUAAUUUUUUGGCCACGUGCAACAACUACGCUAGCGUUUUCAUCAUUACCGCCCUCAACAUUGAGCGGGUCCUGUCUGUGGCUAAACCAAUAUGGCACCUGAGGUUCUUCUCGCGACGCAUUUGCUUCUGGAUCUGCUCAAUCAUUUGGUCAGUAACAGUGAUCUUUAGCUUUCCCGUAAUAUUUUUUAGCUCUAUUUCUACCGAUGAUGAUGGGAAGAGAGUUUGCGAUUGGUUUGGCUUCAGAAGCAGCCAAAUAAAUAUCAGUGAAGAGGAAGAUUAUGGAGCCUACGAAGAGAACACAACAGUAAUUUUUAUCCCCAGCAAUGAAAAUGGGGGGUUCCCACAUAUCCGUGAGCAAUGUAAAUACAGUGACUGCUGCCUUGAUGCAGAAAUGAUUGCAAUGUGGAGUCACAUGAUCUUUGUAGCAAAAACUGUUAUGAUUCCAAUGCUCUUGUUUGGCUGCAUUAUUCCUCUGUGUAUUAUUGUGUUUUCCAAUGUCACUAUUGCCAUAAAGGUUAGCAAAUCCCAAACACUGAAGCCUCCGCGACUGUACAAAAUUGUAAUCACAGUUGUCCUGGUUUAUUUCCUAACCUGGAUUCCAUGUGCCAUAGGGUUGAAUUUGGCUAUCAUCGCUGUUUUUACCAUGGACUUCUCCCUGUUUACUAAAAUACACGUGUAUUUACCUCUGCUGGGAAUGAUAUCUGACAUCAGCAGCUGCCUCAACCCUCUAAUCUAUGCGUUGGUUGGCCAAAAAGUACGAAACCUGCUCAUGUGUUCCAAGAGAAAGAAGACAAGAGAGGACUUUAAGUAG